AUGGCUGAUUUACAGCCAUUAUUUGACAAAAUACAGAAGGAAUUGGAUGAGAAUAGCUCAGAAUUGAAAGAAGAUAUAAUUAAAAGAAUUUUGAAAGAAACUCAGGAUGUUUAUGGAUCUGAAGAUUUUAAAUCGUUUUUUGAAUGCUCAGCAAAAGAGAUUUUAUAUGAAAUAGCGGGAGAUUUUUCUUUGCUUCAAGAAGAAAAAUUUGAAAAAUUUUAUUCAAUACUUGAUAUAUCAAUUAUUGGACAACAAAAUGAUAUUCUUGAUGAUAUGUUGCCUUUUGUUCUUAUUGAAGACUUGAUGGAUAUGCAAACGGUUGCUGAAUGUAACAAGCUUUUCGAUUUUCUGAAUUCUCGAAUUUCCUCUUUAAUUGAGAAUGGUAUUAAUGGAACAAAAGGGAAAGGACUUGUAUUAUUGAGACUUUGUAAUGAACUUUUGAGACGAUUAUCAAAGACAAAAAAUUCUUUAUUCUCGGGAAAUAUAUCAAUGUUUUUAUCAUAUAUUUUUCCUCUUAGAGAAAGAAGUGGUCUUAAUCUCAGAGGGGAUUUUCAUGUUGAAAAUGUUACAGUUUGGGAUGACUUAAAUCAUAUUUUUCAUGAUAAUCAAAAACAGCAAAGUGAAAUAAAAAAAGAUGAUAAAUUAAGCGAAAAGGAAAAAAAAAGAGAUACUUCUGAUAAUGAAAGGAAGGAAAAAAUUCCAUUAGAUACAUUUUAUACGAUAUUCUGGUCUAUGCAAAAAUUUUUUUCUGAUCCUUCACUAUUAUAUAACCCUAAAGAGAUGCAAGAAUUCAAAUUAAACAGUUCAAUUGUUUUGGAUAAAAUAAAAUCAUUAGAAGAUGAACAACGCAAAACUAAUGAAAUAAAAUUUGAAAAUCGAAAAGGUGAUCGAAAGAAAAAAUCAGAAUCUUUAAAAUAUCAACAAACUCAUGAUUAUUUUGAAAUGCAUUUCUUUCCUAAAUUCUUAACUAGUUAUAAACUUUUCAAAUUACAGCUGACAGAUUCUAAGUUCAGAAAACAUAUUCUUAUACAAUUUUUAAUUAUUUUUGAUUAUUUACUUACUCUUAAAGAUUCAGAAAAAAGUAAACAAGAAAAAAUAACUACAAAUCGUUUAUUACAAACAACAUAUCUGCUUUCUCAAGAAGAUGAAAUCUGGAUUACCGAAACUCUUUCUAAAGUUUAUACUAUAUUAGACUCGACCAUUCCAGAUGGACAACGUUUCUCACAAAACAUUCGUUCAAUUCUAUUUUUUGAAAAAAAUUGGGUUAAUUGGAAACUUCAAGGGUGUAACGCGUUUGAAGAAUUUCCAGUUUCUGAAACUUAUAUCAAUGAUAUUAAAGUAAAAUAUGAAAAAGAGUCUGAAACUCUUAAAGCUUAUAAAUAUCCUCUUGGAAAUUUAGCUCUUUCUCGGCUUUGGGAAAAAGGAGGGACACAUACAAUGGAAGACAUGGCAAAGCAAGAACGUUAUAUGCUUCCUGACAUUAAAACUUUAUUAGAACCAGCUCAACAGGAUUCUGAAACUGAAAAUAUACCUAUAAAUGAGAGAAAUUCAAUUAUUUCUGAAAAAAAUACAAUUAAAUCAUGGAAAGCAUUAAGGAUUUUAUCGCAUUCAAAACUUCAUUUAUUUAAUAAAUUAUCAGAUCGAACUAUAGAAGCUAUAUCACAAGUAGAUCAGUUUUUUAAGGAUGAAUCUGAUAAAAAUAUUGAUAUUUCUGAUAAUUCUCCUAAAAAUACAAAAGAAAGUCCACAAAAAUCACAACUGAACACAAAUAACAAACGUACAAUUGAAGAUGAUACAAAAAAUAACUUUCAUUCUGAAAAAAGAACAAAAAUAAAUCAAUAG